GCUUGUACCGGCUACGGAUUAGCAGCAAGAUGCCAGGAAAGAUUGAUGCUGUUGGUUUUCUGAUAAAAUCCAUGGUGGAGCGUGACCCAAGCAAGCGACGUGUCAAGCCCAGCCAGCAAGCGCUGCAGGAGUUUGAGGGACUCGAGCUCGAGGACAGCUCUGAUGACAGCGACUACAAGGUCGAUGAGAAGGAAGAUGACGAUGAAGAUGAUGUGGAUUCGAAUUUCAGCGGAGAUGAUAAUGAUGAAGAUAAGAAUAACGAUGACAGCGGGUCCGACGAUAGCAGCAAUGAAGCUGACGCCGAGCAGGACGCCGAGGUGACCGUGUCCGAGCUGCUCACCCGCGCCGGGCAGAGCGGUCCCGGCGCCGGCGCCGGCCAGGCUGUGAAGCGGAUCAAGAUCUGUUCCAUCUGCCUGGGAGAUCGCAGCUCGGACCAGAACGAGAUCGUCGAGUGUGACGGGUGCCACGUCACCGUGCACGAGGGCUGCAACGGGGUCAGUGAGAGUCACAGCGUCUCGAGCUCAGCAUCAUCGGAUCCGACCGAGCCGUGGUUCUGCGACGCGUGUCGCGCCGGCGCCACGCGCUUCGAGUGUGACCUCUGUCCCAACACAGGCGGCCUGCUGAAGGAGACGGACACGGGCCGCUGGGUGCACCUGGUGUGCGCGCUGUACGUGCCGGGCGUGGCGUUCGGCGACGUGGACCGGCUGACGUCCGUCACGCUGUUCGAGAUCCCGUACACGCGCUGGGGUGGCAAGGCCUGCUCCGUCUGCGAGGACACCAGCCUCUCGCGCACCGGCGUCACCAUCCAGUGCGACGCCGGCAUGUGCAAGGCCGCCUUCCACGUCACCUGCGCCCAGCGCAAUGGCCUACUCCAGGAGCCCCGCAUCGACGAGGAGGCGGCCGACCCGUACUUCGCCCACUGCAAACUGCACACGGACAAGGCGCAGAUCAGGGAGCGCAAAAGGAACUAUCUGGCGAUGCGCCUGUACCAGCGCCAGGAGCACCCGGACAAGAUGGAGCCGGCGCGGCUGCGGCGCAAGCUCGGCCGGCUCCAGCUCAAGUACCGCACACAGCGCGAGACGCGCAAGGUCAAAUGGACGCCGACCAUGAAGCUGGCGCGCCCGAUCACGAGCAGCCCGUACCUGCUGCGCUGCCUGCAGCGGCGGGCGGCGCUCAUGGGCGUGGACCUGGACCAGGGCCAGCACGCGGCCGGCCAGCUCACCGACGUCAGCAAGAAGUGGCACCUGCCGCCGGCCUUCAGCGUGGAGUUUAUCAGCUACUUCCUGGACCGCGGCCAGAGGAUGGCCGCCAUGACUCGCUCGCUGAAGGAGCUGAUGACCGAGAAGGCCACCCUGCAGGAGCAGGAGAAUCUGCUGCGCUCGCAGUACGCGGAGAUGGAGUCGUCGCUGUCGACGCUGCGUCAGGCCGGGGACGAGAUGCGCGCCGUGGGCCUGCGCCUGCACCGCCAGCUGGCCGGCCUCAGCGGCGGCAAGCUGAAGCUGCCACCGGCGCUGCUGCCGCCGCGGCUCCGCAAGGUGUCCGGCCGCGGCGCCGUGCACCGGCUCUCACCGGCCAAACCGGCCCUGCACGGCGGCAGCGCGCGGCUGACGCUGCACGAGUGCAUCGAGUGCGGCGCCAGCAGCGGCCAACACCUGCUGGUGCUGUGCGACACGUGCCACCAUCACUACCACCUGGGAUGCCUGGAGCCGCCGCUGACGCGUAUGCCGCGCAAGUCGAAGACGGCCGGCUGGGAGUACGUGCGGACUAGCGCACGCGGUGGUGGUAAAGAGAGUGUAAAAGACGACGACCUCAUCAUGUCCAAGUUCCUCACGCAGACGGAGACGCCCUGCUCGUCCGUCGUCGUCAUCGAGAAGCUGGACGAGACGAUGAAGAAGAAGCCGCGGCGGCAGCAGCGCUCGAAGGCGAAGGUGCGGGCGGCCGAGCUGCUACUGACGCAGCUGGACGGGGACGGCGAGCCGGGCUCGGACGAGGGCCGCGAGCACGUGGUUGAGAUGAUGACGCCCAUGAAGAUGAAGGAGGCCUGCACCACACCCGCGCCCUGCUCCAACUGCGGCGGCCCAGGCGACGACAGGACCCUGGUCAGGUGCGACGACUGUGCUCGGACCUACCACCUGAGCUGUCUAGUGCCGCCCGUCACCAAGUCACCGAAGCGACCCGGCUACGGCUGGCUGUGCGGCGACUGUGCUGCCAAGCGGGUAACGGUGCCGUCGCGCGGCCUGGUGUGCGGUGGCCGACUGGACCGGCUAUCGCCAAUCAGCACAACGGCACUCUAG